AUGAAGUACCACCGUGUCGAUGGCAAGGUCGUCAGGCUCGACGAGCCUACAGACCCAUCGCGCAGUCUCAAUCUCGGCACUGACAUGGAGGCCGACGACACGCACGCAGCUGCCAUUACGCUGCUGGCGGUGCUCGAGGCGAACCCGCCCGACGCCGACGAUCCGCUCAAGCGCAACCUGCCGUUCCAGCCACGAUCGUACCGGGACUUUAUGCUCUUCGAGAGCCACUACUACGGAGUCGCGAUGGGCAUGAGCAGGGCCUACCUGUUCCCCGCAUACCUCGCCGCGCGGGCCUUUGUCUUCCUCACGGGCGGGCUCCUGCGCUUCCCCCCGUUCCGCCCGCCAAAGCUCUGGCACUCCCAGGCCAUCUUCUACCAGUCCAACCAUUUGGCGUUCUACGCCGACGGGGCCGCGAUUCACUACCCGAGGGACUGCACGUACCUGGACGUGGAGCUCGAGCUGGGCGUGGUGCUGGGCGGCAAGGGCCUGUACAACGCGGCCAGCCCGGACGAGGCGCUCGCCGCGGUGGCCGGGUUCUGCGUGUUCAACGACUUCUCGGCGCGGAACCUGCAGAUGGCCGAGAUGAGCAGCGGGUUUGGCCCGCAGCACAGCAAGGGGUUUGCCAAUAGCAUCUCGGCGGCGGUCGUUUCGGCGGACGAGGUGCUGCACCGCUACAGGCUCGGAGUUACGAUCAAUGGGCAGGCGGUUGCCCGGCCGAGGCCGGAUAACUGGCAGUUCUCGCUGGGGGAGGCGCUGAUGCAGCUCUCGCGGGGGACGAGGCUGUACCCGGGCGAGUUCUUUGGCAGCGGCACGUUUCCUGGGGGCGCGGGCAUCGAGUGGUCGAGGUUCGAGGUCAAGGUUGGCGACACGGUCAGGCUCGAGAUUGAGGGAAUUGGGUCGGUGACCAACACAAUUGUGGCUGAGGAGGUGGUGGUGUAG